AGAGUGGACUGCACUGAACGAGACUUUCUUGGUGGAUGAAGUUUUAUGGAAGCAGCAGAGACAGUCUCCCUCAGCUGGGUUGGAUGCAUGCAGUGCAAAUUUUGCAAAUUCACAAGUUCCAGUCAAGAGACCCUUCUAAAACACUGUCGUCUUCGGUCAUGGAAAUGGUGCACACUGGCCUUGUAUUCAUACAGACUGUAUUUCUCAGGAAUUUCAUCGGAUCACCAGCAAAGAUCUCUUGGAGACCUUCAGAGCAUCCCUGACAUGUAUGUGCCGUGCCUACUGAGACUGUACCAGGCUAAGAGGGAAGCUUGUGGUCGGAAAAUGGAAGACCUCCUUGAUACACUUGAUGAACAGACAUCGGACAUUCUGUCUCAUCGAAAGACAGCAGCAAUGAAAGGUCUCCCCAUCUUUGUCCGGGAUGAUGCCACAACAUUUUUCCUCCAAUGUUCAGCCACUGAACCUGAAGACAGGGCUCUCAGCGGAGUGUCUGUUGCCAUCCUCACCACCAUUGAAGAUGAUGAUGCGCCGAAUGUAUUGGAUGUAGCUGUUGUGUUGGAAGGAGCCAUUGUGCUGCAUGACAUGCCAGACCUCUGCACAGCCUUUGCAUAUCUCUUUGGCCUUUUGUAUGCCAUGAACAUUGACUAUCCGAAGCAGAUGGCCUACACCUUUGAAGCAAUUCAGACCAUCUUCUUCGAGCUUGGAUCUGUUCACUCCCAGCGCACACGGUCUCUGAAAACAAAGCUAUCACUGUAAACGUUCAUCAAGAUGCCUCCAGUGAGAAGGAGAACUUAAUUCAUGUCUGCGAGUUAAUUAAUGUUUCAAGUUCAUUGUCAGUGCUUGUGUAAAAUGUUAAGUAAAUGCUUGCACAUUGUCAUUUUACUAAAAAUGUUAAGUAAAUGCUUGCACAUUGUUAUUUUAAGCACAUCAGCCAGUUUUGACUGUGGAGGUUGUGUGGUUUAGGCCAAACCAGGAUCAUUGUUCAGUUAAAACUUCAGUAUAUGAACAUGCAGUCAUUUCAAGCAUUUAAGUCCCUUUUGUGAAAUCCUGUAAACAUUUGUGGAUAGGUGAGAUGCUAGUUGAAUAGGCUUUUGUCUUUAAUUUUGUUUUAUCAUUUAAUGUUCUGAAGUGUUUGAGGCCCAGCAGGUCUUUCACAGAUCACAAAAAUGUCUGAUCACAAAGGCAGUUAGGAUCAUUUUUUUCACUGUCAAGAGUUUUAUAAUAUGACGGCACGUUUGAUUCUACUUGAGGCCAGACCUCAGUGUUUAUAUUGACAUUUGAAUGUCACGUGGAAUAAAAGUUGUUCUGCUUAAUUUCA